AUGGGUGUCACGCCUGUCAAAAAGACACCGUCCAAGACGGGUCGCUCUCCAGCUCAAGAUCGCCGUUCCCAGGCCAGAGUCAACAAGGACAGCGACUCUGCCACCGCCCUACUACAAACAACUCCAAACCAUAACAGAGAAACAUCGUUCUCGCAUAGUCUUCCGACAGAGAUGCAAAAACGUAACAAUGGCCGAGUUGUUGGCCGUAGCCUCAUCAUGUGGGGACGCCCCCGCAUGGCGGAAAAAUUGCUUUUACAUCUUCACUACGAGUGUACUCGCCACAAGAUUGUUCUGCCCUGGGAUUCCAUCGCCCAUCGCCUCCGUCCUGGUUCCUCGGGUGCUGCUGUUGUUCAGCACCUAAACAGAGUCAGGAAAGAACUGAUUAGAGAAGGGCAUCUCGUGCCUCCAGUCUGCCAAAAGCCCAGCUCAACCUCUGGCGUCGACCCAAACAUCCGUGGCUUCGUUCGCCAGGAUCCAAACGGUGACGACAAAGACACAACACGCCCCGUUCGAUUCGACGAAAAGUACGAUGACUUGAGAUUCAACCUCCCGGACUCGUUUCAGCAUUCUGGUGAUGAAGAUGAAUGCAUGCCGGAAUCACCCAGUCCAGUUCGCAUGCAGCAGCCCAUGUUCUGCAGUGGUCCUCCUAGCGCCACGGACGAGUCUGUCACCAAUAGCCUCCGUCGGUUUGAGCAGAGUUGGUCACCUCAGAGCAGCUACUGCUCUCCUACUAGACGUCAAAGAUCCGAGAUUGACGAACUUGAGAACCCGCUCUUGACUCGGUCCUUUGACACAGCCACAUCAGUUGGAUCUGCUCCCACCUCGGCACCUAACACGCAGGCACAGUGGCAGGAAGCGCCUUUCCCGCAUUACUCCCCAAUGGGCUUAUAUUCAUACCAAAAACAUCCCCCGACACUCGCUGCUUCAUUCUCAGGCUAUUUUACCUUGCCCUCAAGCUACUCCAUGUUUACGAAUGACGAACCCUUUGCCGCGUGCCAGGAAGAGCGUGACAUGCAGACAAAUUUCUCGCAAGCACUGAGUGAAUUGAAGCAAGAGGAUGAUGAACCGUCCGCUAUGGCAGUUGAUGAGAAUUUCAUCGAUGCCUGCGAUGUCAGAGAUCGCGCGCUGAGCUCCCAGGCCCGAGCUUCUGCUCUCGCCUCAGCUUCCACCAAGUUCCGAGCUGGCGCUGGCCUCGGUCAGCAGCUUCGCUUCGCUCACAAGGAGCUCAAAUUUGGCGUUGAAGGUCGUGCCGCUCUCUUGGCUGGUGUCGAUACCCUUGCCAGGGCCGUUGCCACUACUCUCGGCCCCAAGGGUCGCAAUGUUUUGAUUGAGUCUAGCUUUGGCUCUCCCAAGAUUACCAAGGAUGGUGUCACCGUCGCUCGUGCUGUUACCUUGAAGGACAAGUUUGAGAACCUGGGUGCCAAGCUUCUCCAGGAUGUCGCCUCCAAGACCAACGAGGUUGCCGGUGACGGCACCACCACCGCCACCGUCCUCGCCCGUGCCAUCUUUUCCGAGACCGUCAAAAACGUUGCCGCCGGCUGCAACCCCAUGGAUCUUCGCCGUGGUAUCCAGGCUGGCGUUGACGCCGUCGUCGAAUUCCUCCAGAAGAACAAGCGCGACAUUACCACCAGCUCAGAGAUUGCUCAAGUAGCCACCAUCUCUGCCAACGGCGACCAGCACGUCGGCCAGAUGAUUGCCAAGGCUAUGGAGAAGGUUGGCAAGGAGGGUGUCAUUACCGUCAAGGAGGGCAAGACUCUCCAGGAUGAGCUCGAGGUCACCGAGGGUAUGCGCUUCGACCGUGGUUUCAUUUCGCCCUACUUCAUCACCGACGCCAAGGCCCAGAAGGUUGAGUUUGAGAACCCUCUCAUCCUCCUCUCUGAGAAGAAGAUCUCUGCUGUUCAGGACAUUAUUCCCGCUCUCGAGGUCUCUACCCAGCAGCGCCGCCCUCUUGUCAUCAUUGCUGAGGACAUUGAUGGCGAGGCUCUUGCCGUCUGCAUUCUCAACAAGCUCCGUGGCCAGCUUCAGGUUGCUGCCGUCAAGGCCCCCGGCUUUGGUGACAACCGCAAGUCUAUCCUUGGCGAUAUCGGCAUCUUGACCAACGCCACCGUCUUCAGCGAUGAGCUCGACAUCAAGCUGGAGAAGGCGACUGCCGACAUGCUCGGCUCCACCGGCUCCAUCACCAUCACCAAGGAGGACACCAUCAUGCUCAACGGUGAGGGCUCCAAAGACGCCCUCGGUCAGCGCUGCGAGCAGAUUCGCGGAGUCAUGGCCGACCCCACCACCUCUGAGUACGAGAAGGAGAAGCUCCAGGAGCGUCUUGCUAAGCUCUCUGGCGGUGUUGCCGUUAUCAAGGUCGGUGGCUCCUCGGAGGUUGAGGUGGGUGAGAAGAAGGACCGCUUCGUUGAUGCUCUCAACGCCACCCGCGCUGCCGUUGAGGAGGGAAUCCUGCCCGGUGGUGGCACUGCCUUGAUCAAGGCCUCGAGCAACGCUCUCAAGGACAUUAAGCCCGCCAACUUUGACCAGCAGCUUGGUGUCACGAUUGUCAAGAACGCCAUCACGCGCCCUGCCCGCACCAUUAUUGAGAACGCUGGCCUGGAGGGCUCCGUCAUUGUCGGAAAGCUGACUGACGAGCACGGUGCCGAUUUCAACAAGGGUUUCGACUCUUCCAACGGCGAGUACGUCGACAUGAUCUCGGCCGGUAUUCUGGACCCGUUCAAGGUUGUCCGCACUGGCCUCAUUGACGCUUCUGGUGUCGCCUCCCUGCUCGGUACCACCGAGGUUGCCAUUGUCGACGCGCCCGAGGAGAAGGGUCCUGGCGGUGCUGGUGGCAUGGGCGGCAUGGGUGGUAUGGGUGGUAUGGGAGGCAUGGGAGGCAUGAUGUAA